CCCGCCGCUAGGGUUGCCAGCCAAAGACUGAAAAGAGAAAUAUUUUUCCACGUAUUAAAACAAUUGUACAUUUAUUUAUAAAUAAAACCAAAGUUAAUAAGUUAGAAAGUUUUAAAUUAAAGUAAAGUGUAAGAUUGGUUGCCCUGCCAUGCCCAUGUCGUGUGGAGUGCUCCAGUACCAUCCCUAGCACUCACUGCAACACGCACCACACCGCCGCAACGGAACCCAAACUGCGCACCGACCGCCGUCCCCCAGGAGCCGGAAAAGAGCGAUGCCUUGCUGGUAUUAUGACAAAAAGGAACUGCGAGAGAGAACACCGUCAAUUCUGGAUGGCAUCACAUACGAGAACGAGCGGCGCUACCGCAAGGAGGGCGCCCGCUUCAUCAUGGAAUGCGGCACAAAGAUGGGACUCGGCCACAGCACGAUGGCCACCGGAGUGGUGUACUUUCAUCGGUUCUACAUGUUCCACUCGUUCAGGAGCUUUCCACGCUACGUCACCGCCUGCUGUUGCCUCUUCUUCGCCGGCAAGGUGGAGGAGACGCCCAAAAAGUGUCGCGACAUCAUCAAAACCGCCCGCGGCAUCCUCAACGAUAACUAUUUCUACUCGUUCGGGGAGGAUCCCAAGGAGGAGGUAAUGACACUGGAGCGCAUUCUGCUGCAGACAAUCAAGUUCGACCUGCAGGUGGAGCAUCCUUACACAUUUCUCCUCAAGUACGCCAAGUGCUUCAAGGGCGACCAGCAGAAGCUACAGAAGAUGGUCCAAAUGGCCUGGAAUUUCGUCAAUGACUCCCUCAGCACGGUCGUCUGUCUGCAGUGGGAGCCGGAGAUCAUAGCCGUUGCGCUCAUCCAUCUGGCCAGCAAACUGAGCAAAUUCACGGUCCAGGACUGGGAGGGCCGGCAGCCGCAACACCAGCGCUGGUGGGACAUGUUCGUGUCGGAUGUGACGAUGGAUAUACUGGAGGAUAUAUGCCACCAGGUGUUGGAUCUGUACCAGUCCACCCAGAAGGAGGCACAGCUACCAAACAGUCCGCCCCAGAAGCCCCCCAGUCGCGCCGACAGUCCUACAACUGUCAAGCCCAUGAAUCCCAGUGGAGGAGGAGUACCCGCCCAGCAGCAACAGCCGCCGCCGACGCCGCCCACAAACAGCAGCAGUGGCAAUGGCAACCAUUUGGACCUCAACAACAUACAGAGCAUCAAGUCGCUGGCCAAUGCAGUGCCCUCCGCCGUCAGCUGCAUCAACAACAGCAACAACGAUGCACUGCCAGUGGUGCAGCAGCAGCAGGCGCCGCUGUCGGGACCCACGCCGCCUGGAGGAGGGCAGGCCAACUAUCAUAUGUACCAUGCGCCACCGCCACCUCCGCCUCCCGUAGUGCCUAUGCCACAGUAUGCCGCAGCAGCAUGGAAUGUCCAGCAGCCGCCGCCCACGCAUUAUAAUGCUGCCGUUGCGCCGCCCCCACCAAUGCCCCCGAAUAUGGGGGCUUCUGGGGGCCCAGGCGGUGGCUAUUACAAUGCAGGACGACAGCCGCAGCAGCGAUACCAAUAGACAGAAACACAACGCAGUGGG